AAAGCUCUUACUAAUAGCAAAACAAACACAGGCCAAUCAAUGGCUUCCAAAGGCGCCUAUUCUUCUUCUUCUUCUUCUUCUUCCAAACCAAAACCCUUCCUUCUCGCCCUCUUCCUCCUCUCUCUCGCCCUCUUCAUCCUCUUACUAUCCUUCAAGCCCCAGCCAAACCUCACCGCCCGCGCCGCCAUUUGCCGGCUUCAAAACGGCUCAGAUUCUGCCGCCAGAAAAGUUAAGGUCGGUUUGGUUAAUGUAGAUGACAUGUCGACAGAGACAGCAUACGAAUUACUCGGAUUAGUGCAGUCACAGACAAGGACUGUUCACGUGGGUUUCGAUCGCGUGAGUGAGGAUUUGAAAUGGGACGAUUUCUUCCCCGAGUGGAUUGAUGAAGACGAGAAGUGGGGUCCGCUGAAGUGCCCGGAGAUACCGAUGCCGACGUCGGAGGACUACGCCGACCUGGACGUGAUUAUAGCUAGGGUUCCGUGUGGGAGGGUUGAUGAAGAGAAGGAAGGGAUAAGGGAUGUGUUUAGGUUACAAGUUAAUUUGGCGGUGGCUAAUCUGGUGGUGGGGAGUGGGUGGGUGACGCCGGAUGUUCAUCGGACGGUGUACGUUGUGUUUGUAGGGUCUUGUGGGCCAAUGGUGGAGAUUUUCAGAUGUGAUGAUCUUGUGAUGCGUCGUGGGGAUUAUUGGUUGUAUAAGCCUGAGUUGAGGAAGCUGAAGCAGAAGGUGGUCAUGCCUUUUGGGACAUGCCAGCUUGCUCCUAGUUAUGCAGAGACAGGUAAAGAGAUGUGGAGACAUUUUUCGCUUCAGCCAACACCACGGAAGCGUAAUCACACCACAUACCACCACCAAAGGGAGGCCUACGCAACAGUCCUCCACUCUUCAGAAGCCUACGUUUGCGGUGCAAUAGCCUUGGCCCAAAGCAUCAUUCAGACCAACUCCACCAGAGACUUACUCCUCCUCGCCGACGACUCCAUUACUUCCAAGUCUCUCCGAGGCCUGAGAGCCGCCGGAUGGAAGAUCAAGCGCAUCAAACGCAUCCUAAGCCCAUUCGCCGAAAAGGGUUCCUACAACGAGUGGAACUACAGCAAGCUUCGCGUGUGGCAGCUCACCGAGUACGACAAAGUCAUCUUCAUAGAUGCCGAUCUUUUAGUCCUAAAGAACAUAGACAAAUUUUUUGUCCACCCGCAAUUGUCGGCGGCGCCGAAUGAUAAGAUGAUAUUUAACUCCGGCGUCAUGGUGAUUGAACCGUCGAUGUGCAUGUUUAAGGAGUUAAUGGAGAAGAGUUUCAAGCUGGGAUCGUAUAAUGGCGGAGAUCAAGGCUUUCUUAAUGAAGUUUUCACGUGGUGGCACCGGUUGCCGACGAAGCUUAAUCAUCUGAAAAUUUACGGAGGGCCGAACAACGACGAAAAGCAUGAGGUGCCGGCAGAUGUUUAUGCAAUACAUUAUUUGGGGCUCAAGCCGUGGAUGUGUUAUAAGGAGUACGAUUGUAACUGGGACAUGUCGGACCAUCAUCCUUUUGCUAGUGACUCGGCUCACCGGCGGUGGUGGCAGGUGUACGAGGCGAUGCCGGAGAAGCUAAAACCUUUUUGUGGGCUCACUGAGAAAAUGGAUGCAAGGGUAAGGAAGUGGAGAGGGAGAGCUAGAACUGCGAAUUUGCCAGAUGGGCAUUGGAGAAUUAAGGUUAACGAUCCGAGACGACGACAUUUUGUGGAAUGAUUAAUAAAGGAUGUCAAUAAUUGAAUAGAAAAAUCAUACUUUUUUUUUUUUUUUUUUUUUUUUUUGUGAACAGAAAAUAAUAUUGUAGUGGCCGGCAUGAAAGCUGCCAUCGGGAGUCAAUUUUUGGAUUUUUCUUUUGG